AUGCAGAUUUCUGACUGGAGGUUCCCUUACAAGAGGUCUCACCACCCAGUUUGUCUCCACGGUGCUCGGGAACAACGGACGGCAGUACUUCAACAUUGCGAAGAGGGUGCGGAACCAGGAACCGAGGUCCACCAGUACCUUCAAGCCACCAGCUGCCACUGCCAUGUCUGCAGAUCUUCAGAGGCCAGCUGCCAGGGCCUCAGGUAUAGGCCUCGCCAGUAGUACAGCCUUGCAACGCAACAUUAGGAUACCACACGGCGUUUUAAUAUAUCACAUUACACCUGUACAUUUUAUUGCUUUUAUUGAGAAGAGUUGUUUUGACA